AUGGCAAAGCCAGAAUUUAGAAUAUACAGCUUUCCUGUGAGUGAAUCAUUAAGGCUACAGAUUCCUAUUUCUGAAGAGCCAUGUGUAUUAUGUAUUAAGAAACAAGUUGACUGUUAUUGCAGAAGUUUUGAAGAGAAUAUUGGAAAGUCCGAAGGAUAUAGCAUAGAAGAAUUGGAUUUAUUAAAAUCUCAAUUAGAUGGUGUGAGAUCUGAACUUAAUUCGAUUGAUAUAGAGAUUUGGCAAGAUUUUACCAGGUCUACAAAUAUAGCUCAGGAUAUAAUCUAUAAGCUAAGAAAUAUUCCUAUUGAACUCCCAACAACUGGAUGGUGCAAAUUAUACGAGAUAUUAUCUUUUUUUAGGUGGUAUGAAAUGAUUAAUGAGAAUGAGUACAGAAGUAUGCAUUUGUGUGAAUGCCCAGGAGGGUUUAUUUCUGCUUUGAAUCACUAUAUCCAUAACAAUGUUUUGAAUAAGAGACAAAGGCAGAACAAAGGAAAGAUACUAUGGGAAUGGAAGGCGAACUCAUUGAAUCCAUAUUAUGAGGGCCAUAAUCCAUAUAACGUACUAAAUGAUGAUAUAAUUUAUCGUGAUACUUACAGGGUAUGGAAUAUGGGUAUUGAUGAUAGUGGAGAUAUUACUAAUUGUGAUAAUAUCCACUAUAUAUGGUCAAAGACUUCGAAGAAUACAAAAAGCUGUUGGUUAGCUGAUUUAGUAACAGCAGAUGGCUCUAUAGAUACUCAAUAUAAUCCUAAUGAGCAAGAGCAAUUAACUUCUUGUAUUCAGUAUUGUGAGGUUGUAUGUGGCCUUGGUAUUUUACGUAAACAUGGAUCUUUAAUAGUAAAAUGCUUUAAUAUUUUUCAUCAUACUACAAUAUCCCUUCUUGCUUUAUUAUAUUACUGCUUUAACCAAGUACAUAUUGUUAAACCAGUUAUGAGUAAAGGUGGAAAUAGUGAGGUAUACAUUGUGGCUUUAAACUUCCAAGGUAUAAGAUCAAUUUUAUUAAAAUCACUGACUUUACAUUUUAAAGAAAAUAAAAGUAGAUUUAAUGAUAUCGCUUUAUUACCACGUGAAUGGGUCCCUCAAGAGUUUAUAAAGAAUUGUGUGACUGCUGGCACCUUGUUUUGCAAGUGGCAAAUUGACUAUAUAACAAGAAAUUUGAUCAAAUUUAGAUCUUUUAUACUAGAUAAUAAUGUACAGAAAAGAAGACUUUGCAAUGGUGGAAAUAAAGAAUUUGAAUAUCAGUUUUGCGAUAUUGUAGAUUCUGAUGAUGAAAAGGUUCAGAAGAAGCUAAAAGACUCACUAAAUACUUGCAGUGUAAGUAAGAAAGAAAGAAGGUUAUUUGCCUUAGAGUAUAUACAAAAAUUAGAUAUACGUAAUAUUUCACCAACACAAUAUAUAUUGCCGAACAGGGACACAAAGAGUGAAUUUAGAUUUUCAACUAGUUUAAGCCGGAAAGGUGGCGAUAGGAAUCGCGUACAGGGAAUUUAUAUUGAUCGCCAAUAUGCAUUUAAACUAUAUGAAGAUUUGCAGAAAACUAGAUCCAAACUUUAUUUUCCAUUGGUCUCAUAUAGACAGGUAGCACAAAAAUUAAAUACAGAUGGUUUAUUGCAAGAAAAGCUGUUAUAUUGGCAUGAAUUGUUAGAUAAUAGCCACAAUUUAGAUCAGGACCAUGUUGAGGAUUAUUUAGAAUCUGAAUUAAAUACAAUACAAAGUUCUGAUUUAAAUACACAAACUCCUCAUUCUAAUAAUAAUAUUAUAAAGAUUCCAAUAAAGAAGGAGAUUAGUGUAGAUUCAAUGUUUACGAAAACUCUUCCCUUAGAUAAAUAUCCUAAAGGUAUUAAACCAAAUUGGUUGGACUGGUCAAAGGAUGACACAACUUAUCAAAGACUUAUGGAUAGAGUAAAAAGUCAAGUUUACAUGUUUGAGACUGAUCACUUUUUUAAUAAAGUACAAUCAUUCCCAAGCUUUGCAUUGCAGAUGUCUCCAUAUUGUAAUGAUGACAUCAUAAGACGCUAUUGUGAGACAAUAAUAGCUGUGAAUACGCCACUGAGAAAUAUAUCAUGUGGAAUAGAUACUUUUUAUGGCACUAAUUUAUAUCACAAUAAGGAAGGUCAGAAUGUUGUCCUUCCAUUUGACUUUAUUAAAUUCUUGGGUACAGAAUUUAAUAACUCACACAAUACAUCUAACUCAGUUGACCCUUUAAUAGAUAAUAUUAUAUCAGUCAAUGAUUAUCCUUUAUAUUCACAAAUACCAGCAAAUAGAAAUAUAGUAGCGUUGUUUGAAUCUUUAUGUGAAUUAAAUAAGGUUUUUGGUAAUAGCACAUCUAUGACUGAAUAUUUGGCUAAACGUGGGAAAUAUCUUGAAAUAUACAAUGGGACAUUUGGAGGAUAUUAUGAGUUAUUUCCUCUUUCUUAUAUUAUGAAUAUUAUUUCGUCUGAGUAUCAUGGUACUAUAUUGAUAGUCUCGGAUUUAGAAGGUCAUUUGUCAUUUGUAAAUAAUUUCAAUGAAGAAAAGUCUUCGGGAAAAAAUAUCCCUAGGAAACAAAAUGAUAAAGUUAGGAUUAUCGAUAUAUCUAAGGAAAUUAGGUUCUGUAGUCAAUAUAAACAAGUGUUGAAUGCAGUCACAAGUGACUAUAUGAUCCAAAAAUUUGAUUAUGAUUUAAUAUUUAUUGAUCCUUUUUGCCACAUUAUUCCAACAUAUUCUAUUGGACAGUUUGAAAUUGAGUGCCACAACGAAUUUGUUUCAGACUUAAUGAUUGCUCUAAAUAUGAUUAGAUUAGGAGGAGAUAUGGUUGUUGUAUUAAAAUCUUGUUUAACACGUUUUACUGCUGGUUUACUAUUGAUUUUGAGCCUAGUGUUUGACAAAAUUGGAAUACACAGACCACUCUCAUGUUCUUCUCCAUUAUUAUCAUCAAUGCAUUUACUUUGUUCAGGGUAUAACGACUCUUCUAAUUCAAUAGCAAGGCACUUUUUACAAUAUCUAUGGGAUGUUUCAUUCGUUUAUAAUAAAGAAAAGUUGGUCAUAAAUCAAUGCGUCCCUCCAACAUUAUUUGCUUCAGAUUACUUUUUAAAGUGGCUGAGAGAUAUUAACCAAGAAUUUAUAUCUCAGGAUAUUGAUUUAUGGGAAGCUGUUAUAGAACAACAAGGAACUUCAGAAGACACAUCAAAAGAUGGCUUGUAUAGUUGGACAAAAAAGGGAAACAUAACUAAUAUCCAGAGAGAAACAUUAAGGUUUAUACUGUUAGGUAAUAUAAGUAAUGAUAUUGAUAUUAAUAACUAUAAAAACAAUAUUAAUGAAAAAGCUGAAGGUGAGAUGGAUUUAUUAGAAAAUGAUGUAGACAACUUUAAUUCUACAAAUAUAUCCGGAAAUUGUUCCGAAAAAAUUCAAGCCGAUGUAUGUGAUUUAUUGAGAAAGAGUGAAUCUAUAGUUAUCAAUUCAUUUGAUGAUAAUAUACCCAACAAUGAAGAUAUUGAUCCUUUUGAAGAAAAUACACCUGAUGAGAUUGAUCCAUUUUAA